UCAGUCUUCUUCGAUCAGUUGUAUUACAUUAUCAUCUAUACUAUUUCUUGGAACAAGGAAGCAGAACAUUGUUAGAACUUUAGCUUGUUCUUUGACAAAAGAGCUUCAACACAAAAAGUAAAAUGGACCCAAUAAACCCUGGCAAGGUGUUUAAUGAUUCCAUCCAUGGUCAUGUGGAGUUACAUCCACUUCUGGUCCAAAUCAUUGACACGCCUCAGUUCCAAAGACUGCGAUACAUCAAGCAGCUCGGCGGGGGCUAUUUUGUUUACCCAGGGGCCUCACACAAUCGCUUUGAACAUUCUAUUGGGGUGGCGUAUUUGGCAGGACUGCAGGCAAAAACCCUUAAGGAAAAUCAACCAAAACUAAACAUCACUGACAAAGACAUCCUCUGUGUGGAGAUUGCAGGUCUUUGCCAUGACCUUGGACAUGGACCCUUUUCUCAUCUGUUUGACCAAAUGUUUAUGCCACAAGCACACGAUGAAGACGAUGAAGACGAUAAAGAACGGAAGGUCCAAGCACGCAACAAAGACGACAAAGAAUGGAGGCAUGAGGAUGCUUCUGUAGAGAUGUUUCAAUACCUGCUGGAAAAGAACAGAGAACUUCUGACAGAGAUGAAAAACUCUAGGCUGGAAGACAAUGAUCUGGUCUUCAUCAAAGAGCUUAUUCUUGGAGAGCCUCUGAAGAAGAAAUCAGAUAAACCAGAGGAUCCCUCAGAUUGGCCAUAUGAAGGUCGGGGAGAAGACAAGUCAUUUCUCUAUGAAAUUGUCUCAAACAAGCAAAAUGGCAUUGAUGUGGACAAGUUUGACUACUUUGCCAGGGACUGCCACCACCUUGGGCUCAAGAACAACUUUGACCACAUGCGCUACUUCAAGUUUACCAGGGUGAUUGGGGUGGAAAAAAACAAGCUAAAAAGAAAACACAUCUGCUCAAGAGAUAAGGAAGCAGGAAAUCUCUAUGAUUUGUUCUAUACAAGAGACCGCCUCCACAGACGAGCCUACCAGCAUAAAGUAACCAAGAACGUGGAGAUCAUGAUCAAAGAUGCCCUUUUAAAGGCAAACAAACAUAUUAAGUUUAAGGGAAAAGAUAAGGAAAAAAAAGAAAACUUCUUCACUAUUUCUGAUGCAAAAGAUAACAUGGAGGCCUACACCCAACUGACAGACCAAGUAACUCAAAGAAUACUGGAGUCCAGUAGUUCUGAACUGGAACAGGCAAGAAAUAUUCUAGAAAGAAUCAAGACACGAGAUUUGUACGAGCUGGUUGAUGAAGCCAAGGGGCAGAAUAAACAACACAAGAAAAUAUCUAAGGAGACAAUUACAAACGAACUGAAAGUGGUCCUGCCAGGAGAAGUUAGAGACCAUCACAACGAUUACUUUGAAGUGGUGCUGGUCACUUACAGUUAUGGCAAAGGGGACAAAGAUCCAGUGGAAUGUUCUUACUUCUACAAGAAGGAUGGUGAACCACCAGAAGCAUUUCAGAUCACCAGACAGCAGGUGUCCAACUUCCUCCCUGAGUGUUUUUGGGAACAAACCAUCAGGCUUUACUGGAAAAAUAAAGAUAAAACACACUGGCAUGAUGUUGCCGAAAAGUUCACAGUCUGGUGCGAGCACAACAGAUUUCAGAAAUAUUAGGUCAACAUCUAUCCUCAUCAGCCUCAUCAGGAUGAAGCACAGCAUCAGUAACCGUCCACAAAACGUCAAAAAGGAAAAUAGUCUUAAAGUAAAGAAUAAGAAAUGAAGAUGCACUUGAAUUCAUCACCUUGACCUCACACAUGCUUAAAAUCAGGUUUUUUAAUGGGAAAUUUACAAAAAUGUUUAAAAGUAAAAAAAAAUGUAUAUUAUUUUGCUGAUGUCUCCUGGGUGUGCCACUUGUGUGCUAAUUUAUUGCUUCUUGUAUUUUAUUAAAUGAUAAUGCCUCUACAGGUUUGUUCAGGGGAGGAAUGAUUUUCAGUUAUUCUGAUCAUAUAAAGCAGUGAAACAUU